UAAGUACAUGUCAGCACUACUACGCGCUAUAUGCGCUAUGCGAGUUAUAUUGCAAUUUUAGACCGUGUAUACAUGUCAAUGGCUGCUAUACUAUUUCAACAGCCAUGAUAUCGUAGGCCUAGACAGAUCGGGACAGAUCUACUGUACUUUUUAUCAUUUUGGUCAGUCAGACUUUGCGUUUAUGCAAUAUAGAUUGACAAAAAUGGCGGCAACAAGAGGGAAACCUGGUGUAGCUACUGCUGUCAAUGCUGGGUACGUGUCACAAGCUGAAGGGAAAAGAACAUCUUCUUACUGGAAGACAAACACAAACAAGGUUCCCGGAAGCAUCAAACCUGUACAUCCAACAAAUAUUGCAACAGAUGUCAUACAGCACCAACCAAAAGGGAGGAAUUCUCCAAACAAAUCAAAGAAUAAGAAAGACUCUUUUGCUGAUUUUGAUGACAGUACUUCAGAUGCAUGGGAAGUGAAUGAUGAUGAACUAAUAUUAAUGACUUCAAGAAAACUUAGUGUAGAAGUACAUGGUACUACCGUCCCAGGAUUAGUUCAUGUCAGAGGUCAUAGGUCAGAUAGAAAUAUAGCGGACAGUGAAGAUGACAAGACUCCAUCAGGACAGGACAGAAGUAAUCUUCCAAGUGUGCCUUCAUUGCAGAACACAGAUGUAUCAGAAAGAACUGAGUCAGAUGUUAGGAUACCCAACCCAGCAGAGGUUGACCAAUCUUCAGCUGAUAGGCCGUCAUCUAGAGUUGAGCAGUCAUCCUUGGUAGCACCACGCCCAUCCUCACCUAUUAGAAUAUCUACCAUCCCUUUCUCAAAUAAGCAAGAUGAAAAGGCAGACAAAUUCUGGGCUGUUCUCUCUGCACCAAAUAUGGAAAUGGAGACGUUAAGAAAGCAUAGCUGGGCUGGAAUACCUAAUACAGUUCGUCCAGUUGCAUGGAAGAUUCUGUCAGGCUAUCUUCCAGCUAAUUUGGAGCGAAGACAAGCAACAUUAGACAGGAAACGAGAAGAAUAUUUUGGCUUUGUAGAUCAGUACUAUGACACAAGGAAUGAUGCCCAACACAAGAACAUGUUCCACCAGAUUCACAUUGACAUUCCAAGGACCAAUCCACUUAUUCCUUUAUUCCAAGAACCAGUGGUGCAAGAGAUCUUUGAAAGGAUAUUAUACAUCUGGGCCCUGAAGCAUCCAGCCAGUGGUUAUGUCCAGGGCAUUAAUGAUCUUGUCACUCCAUUCUUCGUGGUAUUCCUCUCACAGCACAUAGGUGGAGAGGAUAUUGAGAAAGUGGAAAAGUACAAAGGUAUCAACAAGCUGUCCAAGAAGAUUCUUCGAGAGAUUGAAGCUGAUAGUUUCUGGUGUAUGAGUAAGCUAUUAGAUGGCAUACAAGAUAAUUACACCUUUGCUCAACCUGGUAUACAGCUUAAGGUGGUGCAACUCAAGGAACUUAUACAGAGGAUUAAUGCUCCACUACACAAGUAUCUGAUGGAAAACCAGCUCGACUAUCUUCAAUUUGCCUUCCGUUGGAUGAAUAAUCUACUGAUGAGGGAGUUCCCUCUCUCAUGUACUGUACGACUUUGGGAUACAUACAUGAGUGAACCAGAGGGCUUUGCAGUGUUCCAUCUCUAUGUGUGCGCAGCCCUACUAGAAAUGUUCUCUACUAAGAUAAUGAAUGAAAGAGAUUUCCAGGGCACAAUGCUUUUCCUUCAGAACCUGCCGACCCAAAACUGGGGCAACAAAGACAUAAGCCUUCUGGUAGCAGAAGCUUACAAGCUGAAGUACAUGUUUGCUGAUGCACCUAGACAUCUCAAUCAACAAACCAAACGAUGAGACCUUGCCACAUUGAAUACUAGAUUUAUAUUUCACUGUUAUGUUAAUUAUUUCUACUUUUAUUCUUCUGAUGAUUAUCAUCAAUAUUGUUAUAUGCCACUAAGUUGUUAUAUAGUUCUAAUUUGGUAAAAUUACAUGCACAAGUUGACAGAGUAUGGUGCUGCUUGUACAGGUCCCAUAUCUCAUCCAGUUAACAUAUCUUUUGUACUGUAGAACCAGAUGUUCCAAAAUAACUUUCAGAUUCACAAAUAAUUGAAUUUAGAUAUCAGAUUUUGCAAUCCAAAAAAGAUGAAAAUGGCUGUGGUUUCCAAACGUCAAAAUUGCCCCUACUUUCAUCAGCGUAAGGUCUGCAUACCACCUGGUCAGAGUAAGAUUGUCUAGCUUAGCAUAUGAUUUUUUAUUUAAGAUUUUGCAUUCACUGGUUUCAUUCCUGCAUGAGACUUCUGACAGUAGCAUACAUGAAGAGCACAAGCUACACACAUGAAGGAUACAUGCAAAAUAGUUGAAGUACACAUGCAUUGUUACUAUUGAUAAGCCUGACAAUACUGUCCCUUGCUGGAAAUCUAAGCCAAUCACUUCAAAAAGUGACAGACAGUGCAAGAAACAGUCAAUCAUGUUUCAAACUAAACUUUGUGUAUCCCGAACUUUAAUUUGAUUUAUAAAUUGAUCCUGGGGGUUAAUUAUUUGUAGUAAAUUGAAAGGAAUAAUUAACAUUCUCCUGGAAAAAGGAUUGCUUAAAUGGUGCAAAGAGCUAUCUUGCGAUUCUGUAAUGAAUUGGAAAGUUCCAUUUUCAGUUAGUGUGUUAGGAUAGAUUUACUUUUUUGUUCUUUUCAGUAAAGCAAGUAAGAACAUUUUGAUCAAGUUAUUUUGCACAAAGACCUAUUGACCAUAAUUAACUACCAAUGUAAUGUAUAAAGAAUGUUUCAUCAAAAGAUGCUCAUUUUGGUUUUUAUUCAAACAUUUUAUGAUUGCUUUGAUAUCAUAUGCCCUCCCCCCACCUGCCCCUUCAAAUAGUAGUGAAGAUGAAGCGCUUCACAAAUUGUAUGGUAAAUUGAUAAAUGACCUCUCAUAUCGUACCAGUUUUGUUACCACAUGCCAGUAUGAUUUUGUCUGUACAUGCAAACUGAUUGACUACAUAUUACGAUUAACCAUAGCUGUAUAAUGUCCGAAAAACAGUGUCCCACAUCAAUGAUAAAGUACUGGUAGCCUUUCUGUUAUAUUAGUGAUGGCAAAACACUUUUUUUUUCAUCAGAAGAUUGUAGCAUACUGUGAAUAUUGAUGAAAUGGUUGGGAACAAAGCGUACACCUUAGGUUUUGGUGUAUAUGUAGUCUGUCAUUUUAAAGGUAAAAAUAUAACUUUUGUCGCAAAAACUUGGAUGAGCAAAACAGAAUACAAUACAAUACAAUACAAUAAAGUCAUUUCUAUAGCGCUCUUACGAACUAACUGUUGUUUCACAGCGCUUUACAUAAAAAGUUAUCAAAGAAUCUAUUGACAUGAUUAUUUUUGGUCAACUGCUUAUUGAUAAGCAGCGGUUCAUUGCUUACAUAAAACAUUAGUCAUGGAAACUGAUAUAAUUUAUUAUAUAUAAUGUCCCAAUGUCAUCAAGUAACCUACAUAUUUCUUUUUUACAAAUAUCCUGUGCUAUAUUGCUUUCAUGGAAUGAAUGUUUUUUACCCACACACACGUCACAGAAUGACUACUCUAUCAUUGUGUUUUUAACACAAUUUUGAAAAAGUUACAGUGGAAUAUUCUAAUUUUUGUUACAGGAAACCUCGCCCCAAGAAAUAAUUCAAGCUAUUCUGAGAGAUUUAUUGUAAUUUUGCUCAUUAAUCUACAAGAUUCCCCUUUAAAGUGUAUGAAGCAAGAUAUUCUUAACGUAAUGUACAGUUUCUUAGCACGACAUGGGUAUUGCCAUUUUUUCUUGAUAAUGUGAUGCACUAUGUGAAGUUGUUUAUCUAUUAUGGACGUCUCCUUCCCACUUAUGUGGUGAUGAUAUAUAUGUAAUGCACCAGCUAUUAUUUUUGUAUUUCAAUCGUCAGAACACAAAUUGCAUGGAAAAAUUGUUGCUUUUCUGAUGAAAUAUAUUUGUCAACUGCUAUAUUUUAGUAUUUUAAAUAAGUGAGUUGAAGUUGUUUCCAUGUUAUUUAUUUUUCACUAAAUUCAUUUUUUAUCAUCUCAGCUAUGAUUUUCCCUCAUUGAAGAUUAAAGGAUUUGUUGUUGAAUUAAAAACAUUUGGUCAAAAUGUAAAAGUUUGCCAAGUAUGUCACAUCAAGAAAAUGGCUGCACCCAUGUCAUGCUAAAACGCAUGACAUCAUUCCAAGAAUUUCUUCACUUAUGUAUCUCUUGUACAUUUUUGUAACGAAUAUGUACUUCAAUAAGCAGGAAUGAAUCUCAUACAUCAAUACCGGUACAUCUACACUCAUUCUUUAGGUUAAGGUUUCCUUUAAGGGUGUGUUUACUUUUGUUGUAUACUGACAUAUUAUAUAUUAUGGGUCUGUUAGAUAAUGUUCACUGUUAUUCUACAAUGCGUAAACACUUUAUGUAAAGUGUCGUUUCUUUUUCAAGAUUAUGUGUACAUCAUAAAUUGAAAACUUUUUUUAUUAGUUGUAAGUCAGUUCCCCAAUUAAUUGUUAAUUAUCAUAAAUGAUAUUUGUAUAUUCAUCUAGAAUCAAAUCAAAUCAAUCAAAUGGUAGAGCUCAUGAAAUAAUGAGAACAAAAGUAUUAUGAGACAGAAACAAUACUUUACAGAGGAUAUUCAUAAAUCAUUGCCCAAUGGGAUUAUAAGGCUAUACAGUGAUGCACUGAAACACAGUUCCUGUGUUUGACAAUCUAGAUAUCCUUAGAUGUACUGUAUAUGACUAUAAUAUAUAAUACAUUGCCAUUUUAUCACUUCUUGAAACCUUUAUAUCUGUCUUGCUCUGUAGGCCUGUCUCACAAGUAGGCCAUAUCCAAACUUUUCUUGUUGAUUGAAUAAAGAAUGUCAUUCAUUGCUUGUACUAAAUUA